AUGGCUUCCCCAUCAAUACCAUCGAUACAGCCUCCGGCACCAACACUGUCGCGAGGUCAUCUCAGCUCGCAUUCCCGUCUAGCUGAGGAUGCGGUGCUCGAGUCGUCACCCCUGCCCCCACCACCCGACUUUCCGUUGCGCCCAUUGACACCAGAAGAGAUCGAUGCCAUCAAGCUCGUCGGUGCAGAAGACUCUCGGCAUUGGUCGCAAUCCAAGAAAUGGUCCACCACCCUCAUCAUCUCGCUCAUGGGCUUCAUCUCCCCCUUGGGCUCAUCCAUUCUGGUUCCCGGCAAUGGCUUUGUCGACACCGACUUCACCCUAGGAUCGCGGACGCUUUCGCUCUUGCCGGUCUCGCUCUUCGUCAUUGGUCUCGGUAUCGGUCCCUUUAUUCUGGCGCCAUGUUCAGAGACCGUCGGCCGACAGCCCGUGUACGUCAUCACAAGCUUCCUCUUCAUCAUCUUCAACCUGGCUUCCGCCUUCAGCCCCAAUUUUGUUGCCCUCAACAUCCUGCGUACUUUUGCUGGUGCAGCAGGCAGUACCGGUCCCAGUCUGGGGGCCGGCAGUAUCGGCGACAUGUUUGCACCCAAGGAGAGAGGGCGAGCGCAGUCCCUGUACGGUCUCGGUCCGCUCAUGGGUCCUGUCUUGGGUUCGCUCAUCGGCUGCUUCAUCGCUGCAGGAACAAGGAACUGGCGAUGGCUGCUGCACACGCUCACCAUCUUGUCCGCGUUCGUGUUCGCCGUCAUCCUCUUCUUCCUCGACGAGACCUACGCACCCGUUCUCCUACGCAAGAAACGAGAGCGUGCCAUCGAGCAGCGACUCGAGCAAAUUCGUGAGCAGGAUCCCAUCACUGCCACCCUCAUCUCGGCCAAUAAGCCGACAGCAUCGCAACGCACACGCAAAUGGCUCAAAAAGGUCCUACCCAGCAGCGAGAUCCUGCACAAGCUCAAGAUGGCCCAAUCCCGACCUUUCCGUCUGCUCUUCACCAACCCCAUCUGCGCCAUCUUCUCGUACUACCUCGGCUUCUGCUACGGCAUCAUCUACUUAUUCCUUACGCAGCAUCCGUUGUUGUUUCAGACGCGCGACGGCGAGCCCAGCGCUCCAUCUGAGGAUGUGCUGCCUACGUACGGCUGGAGUCUGGGUGUCUCUGGGCUGUCCUACUUGGGCCUGGGACUUGGUUUCCUCGUGGCAGCGUUCACCAAUGCGUUCCUGCAGGACGAGAUCUACGCUCGCUUGGUCGCCUCGGACGGCAAGCUGGGGUGGUUCCUGUUCAAGAACCAGACGGAGAUCAAACGGAUCAUGGCCGAACGGGAAUUCGACCGUGCAGCACGGGACGGCAAGGACACCGAAAAGGAGGCGCAGUCGAUCAAUUCGGCGGAUCAGAACAACCUCGCCAGUCGACGAGGUAGCGACGGUGCCAAUUCGGCGCUGGGUAAUGGCACGCCCACUCACAAUUACGACGCACCCAAGCACAACGACACGCCGACCGUCGACGCGCCCGCGCCCGCCAAACCUGCCCCCGCUGCCAGCACUGGCAAAGGCCGACCCGAGUACCGUCUCCCGCUCUGCUUCGUCGGCAUGCUCAUUCUCCCCGUCGGCAUGCUCCUCUUCGGCUGGUCGGCGGCCAACCAGACGCACUGGAUCGUGCCGCUCAUCGGCUCGUUCACCGUAGGCUGCGCCACCAUCCUCUGCUUCCAGACCAUCCUCGUCUACCUCGUCGAUGCGUUUGUGCCCUAUUCAGCGUCCGCCACGGCCUGCGCGGUGUUGGUGAGGUCCGUGUUGGCAGCGGCAUUUCCCCUGUGCGCAGAAUAUAUGUUCGAAGCGCUCGGGUAUGGUUGGGCCUGCACGCUGCUUGCGGGUGUUGGGAUGUUGGGUCUGCCCGUACCUCUCGUGCUGUUCAGGUACGGAGAGGGUCUGAGGACCCGAUACAAGUUCAAGGGGUGA